CAAACAGACACCGCGGAUUAACUUAUAAAGUUAUGUUCCAGAGGCCUCAGGCAACGAGGUUGUCCGAAGCCUUCCUUUUUCGGCUCCGGAUCCAACUUAGACCUUCUUACCUCGACCACUCCACAAUGUUCGCAGUGCUAAAUAUCCUAAAUCAGAUGGGAUGGGGCGAAUCCCAGCGGACCGAGCUUGCGAAGAUUGAGUCUGGAGAAUUUUAUCUCACACGAAAAGACCGCUUAAGAGGCGCCCGUCAAUGCAUAUACCCUAGAGCCAUGUUCACCAUUAGCAAAACUGCGACCCCCUUCCAUUUUCAGAUAGCUGUAUCACGCGUUUGUGAAGAAGGGGAAGAGGCGAUUCUCGAUGAGGAUGAAGAAGACGCUCAGGAUGAUCACUCAUUCCUCAUUGAUCCCGCUCUUGAUUUUAAUAUCACCCAGACGGAGGGCUGUUACGCGCUCUCGUGGCGUGAUACCGAGACGAACGAUCCAGACGACAGGUUCGAGUACGUCGCAGAUUCCAACAUGAAUAAGGCAACAAAGGAUUUCAUCGAUGUUACAAUACUACAAGCUAUGUAUGAGCGAAAGUUCAAUAAGUCCAGUACAGGAAUUCCCGUGGCACAGAUGCGCGCGCUUACAAAGGAUAAACCAGAUGAUGAAGAUGAAAGACUUGUCGAACAAGAGCCGUCAGCUUCCCAGAAAGUUGCCGUUCCAGUGAACAAGGGCAAGAAGCCAAGAGCAUCCACUAUGUCGGUUCGCAGCACCAACCCGAACGACGACCCACCACUCGUAUCAGAGGAGGCAGGCUUAUACUUGUGGAACCUCGAUGGGGAGCAGUUUGAAGUGGUGGAGCUUAGCGUUCAGGCAACAAUUACGAAACACCAAAACGGGCCUUUUGACUAUUGGAUUGAGGCUAUCCAAGGGGAUCUGUCCAUCCUAGCACACCAAGUGCUCCCAGAUUUAAAUGCCAGAUGGGCAAAGGAUAUACUCGGUUUCAUGUGGCAGCAACGGGGCGGUGAAGGGUGGUUCGAUAAUUGGUGCCUGAAAUUCGAAGAGCGCGAGGCUUUCGAUCGCUUCCAGUCACAGUUUGCUCGCUCCCUUUGGGAAGUCAAGAAUGGUAUACCUUGGGAAAAAGCUGUCCGCGAAGACCAGGAAUAUGCUGUGGCUGUAUGGGCUAAUGAAGAUGUGGAGAUGGCGUCGGCUGAGGAUGAGGAUGAGGAAUCAGAAGCGACGUCUGACGACGAGAAGGACGAGGUGGAUGACGCUCUCAGAGCUGACGCUGGAGCCCCUGAGGAUGGGGGUAAAAACUCUAACCUGGUUGUUGGACACAACAAAGAUCGAGCAUUUGUUGUCAGGGGAAACAAGAUUGGGGUGUUCAGCACGGCAGACGGUAUACACUAUAGCACAACCAUGACAGGAAUUAAAACUUCGAAAGGAAAGCAUUUCAAUCCGGACAAGAUUAUGCUUCAUGAUCAAGAUAAAUCCAUGCUUGUCAUGAACCCUAAUGACAGAAGCACUGUCUAUCGGCUUGAUCUCGGAGAGCGCGGUGAAAUCGUGGAGGAGUGGAAGAUCCAUGAGGAUGUUCCUGUUGAGCACAUGGCACCAACCUCAAAAUUCGCCCCGACUACGCACGAGCAGACCUUCGUCGGUGCCUCUGGAAAUGGUUUGUUCAGGGUUGACCCACGUGUGAGUGGGAACAAGCUUGUCGAUUCGGAGUACAAGCAAUACGCCACGAAAGCCAAGUUCUCCUCGUUGGCGACCACUCAACUAGGGAAAGUUGUUGUUGCAUCUACAAAAGGGGACUUCAGAUUUUUCGACAAAAUCGGUAAAAAUGCGAAAACUGCACUGCCGGGAAUGGGAGAUCCAAUUAUUGGAGUUGAUGUCACGGCGGACGGCCGAUGGGUCGUGGCGACAACCAAAACUGUACUGUUGGUUUUCGACUGCACCAUCAAAGAUGGAAAAUUCGAAGGGCAGCUUGGGUUCGAUAGGAGUUUCCCAGCGGACAAGAAGCCAGUAGCGAAAACUUUGGCCCUGAUGCCUCAACAUGUUGCAUAUAUGGGAGAAAUCUCGUUCACAGCGGCCAGGUUUAAUACGGGCCCUGAUCAAGUUGAGAAUACGAUCGUGACUUCCUCUGGGCCGUACGUUAUUGCGUGGGACUUUAACCGUGUUAAGAAGGGGUUGAAGGACAGGUACGAGAUCAAGCAACAUGCGGACAACGUGGUUGCCGACAGCUUCCGUUUCGGAGACGACACAGAUAUUGUCGUGGCAUUAGAGAAUAAUGUGUUGAUGGUUGAUAAGAGGCAACUGAAGAAACCUACGCGCCAGAGCUUGGCUUCUCCCGCUCGAACACGCCCGCGCAAAUAAUGCGUGAUUGUCAGUAUCGUAUUCUUCGUUUAUUGGGUCGUUUGUCACCCGCUCGCAUAUGCAGUAAGAUGUCUUACCUACCUAUCGUAUAAUCUCUGUGUUCGCCGUCUCAAAUUUGUACUUCACUGUACCAAUCAAAUUCCGUUAUUCCCG